AUAGAAUUAAUCAAGCUAACUUGGUACAAAUACCAACAUAUCUAUAUUGGGUACAAUAUAAUGAAUUAAUCCAAAUCAAGAAUAAUGAACCUUUGAAACAAUCAGACUUAGAUUGGCAAGAUUAUAAACAGU